GACACAUUUUCAGCAAAAAGUCCAUGUGCUUGAUCCACGUCCCAUGUGGCUGAAUUGCUAGGAAUGAGCUCCGAGGGGGCGUGCUUUCUCCAAGGUGCUUCUUUCAUGAAUCUCUCUUUCUUUCCAUGAAGUUUGAUGGGAAACCCUCCUUGUCGUGGGAUGUCUCAUCACUCAUCGAAGCCAUAUUGAACCACAACUUCACGAGCCACCACGACUCUGUAUUUGGACAAGAACGCCUAUCGCAUUUGUCUCUUAUCUGAGUCAAAACCGCAGUCUCUGCUUCGCCCAUUCCUCAGCUCCGACUCCCAACCUCUAUUUGAAUAUCGUCCAUCCCUUCUGCAGAUGAUACAUAGAUCCUCGUUCUAGAGUAGACAUCGCGACAUCAUAUGAGAAAUCAAGAUGGGUUUCUUCAAUGAGAAAAGGCAGAGCAAGGUCUCUGUUUCCCCAGCUUUAUCCCAAGAACCUCUUUCAGCCUCAUCCCGACACUCUGGCUUCGAUCCCUCACUUCCUGCUUUGGAGAAGAAAGACUCGAAAUACAAGCGCUCAAUUCGCGUCCUCCGAUUCAUCACUCGACUCCUCUCAGUCGUUCUCAAUGCGCUCAUGAUCGGAGUCCUUUCAUACGCACUCUACAAAUACUUCACGACUAAAUCGCACCCUAUAUCGAGCACCAACUCUUCCUCACCAUGGGUAAACCCCGCCACCCUCUGGCCGACCUUUGUGCUUCUCGGCAUCGCGCUGGUAACUUUCGUCAUGAACCUCUUCACCCUGGUAGCAUACUGCUGCGGUGUCGGAGCUGCAAACAGAGUCAACACUUGCUCAACGGUCGUGAGUUAUAUAUUCCUGGGCGUGCAUGUCCUGCUCUGGGCCUUGGCGGCAGGUGCCUUCAAAAUGGGGAGUAAUGGGAAGGAUUUGUGGGGCUAUAGUUGUAGUGACCAAGCAGAUAAAUUACAAGAGGAGGUUAAAAGCUUUUUGGAUUUUGGGAAGUUGUGCACUAUGCAGACUGGUGCAUGGUAUGUGUCUAUAAUUGAAACAGGUGUCUAUCUCCUGACAUUUGUUAUCACGAUCUUGACGCUGCGUCGCGCGAGCCACAAGAAGAAACUCAGCAAGAUAAGAGAGAGUAUGAACAUGGAAGCUGGAUAUGACAAGGUGGAACUGGGGAGUAUGUAUAAACAGGGGAGGAGAUAUAUGCCGCUCGCAGGUGAAUCGCCAUCAUUGAGAUAGAGCCUGGAGGUGAUAUUAAUGUUUGAGUUGUAUGAUUGGACGCAAGUGGUUGAAAACAGGGGAAUGAAUGGAUGUGAAGGUAUGGGCAGUUUGUCAAUAUACGAAACAUAAUGAUCCACAUGAAUUAGGUAGAAUGACAAUAUGACCUCACUCUGCG